AAAAAUAUGACGUAGUGGCACACCUCCAGUUUGGAAGGACACCAGUCGGCCAAGGAGGCACCUUAACACCAAGGGCAGGCCGAGCAGACCGCCUCCUCCCGCCGCAGCGGCAGGAUCAAACUCUGGGUCCGGCAGCUCGUGAGACCCCGGUGCCGACCGUGUCCACAGGCUUACUGACCGGAAGGACUUAUUUUCCGCCUAAAGAGCAGAUCAGCUUGGAAGAUGCCCCUCUAACAAAUACAUCGAGAAACAACUGAAUUUGACUCAACAAGACUUUAAACAUGUCGUGCACUCAGAUAGACAAUGGCUGUUCAAUCUCGGCAGAAGGAAAGAAAGCAGAUCUGAGAACCAAGGAGAAGAAAUGCUCAUGGGCCUCUUAUAUGACAAAUUCUCCAACGGUGAUCGUAAUGAUCGGCCUACCUGCAAGAGGGAAGACAUACAUGUCAAAGAAACUCACACGUUACCUCAACUGGAUCGGGGUCCCAACCAAAGUGUUUAACUUGGGCGUGUAUCGCAGAGAGGCUGUCAGAGCCUAUAAGUCCUAUGAUUUCUUCCGCCAUGACAAUGAGGAAGCAAUGAGAAUAAGAAAGCAGUGUGCUCUGGUAGCUCUGCAGGAUGUGAAGGCAUACCUCUCGGUGGAGGGAGGUCAGAUCGCAGUGUUCGAUGCAACAAACACAACAAGAGAAAGACGAGACCUCAUUCUAGCUUUUGUGAAAGAGAAUGCAUUUAAGGUGUUUUUUGUGGAGUCGGUGUGUGACGACCCAGAGGUCAUUGCUGCUAAUAUUCUGGAAGUGAAAGUGUCCAGUCCAGACUACCCAGAGAGACACAGAGAGAGGGUAAUGGAUGAUUUCCUCAAAAGAAUCGAGUGCUACAAAGUUACUUACCAACCAAUAGAUCCUGAUGAUUAUGACAAGGACCUAUCUUUCAUCAAGGUGAUAAACGUGGGCCGGCGUUUUCUGGUGAACCGGGUGCAGGACUACAUCCAGAGUAAGAUAGUGUAUUACCUCAUGAACAUCCACGUGCAUUCUCACUCCAUCUACCUGUGUCGGCACGGAGAGAGCGACCACAACGUCGAAGGCCGAAUCGGAGGAGACUCUGAGCUUUCUCCUCGAGGCAAACAGUUUUCCCAUGCCCUACGAGAUUUCAUUGAGGAGCAUGAGCUGUCAGAUUUAAAGGUGUGGACGAGUCAGCUGAGAAGAACCAUCCAGACAGCCGAGGAGCUGUGUGUCCCUUACGAACAGUGGAAAAUACUCAACGAGAUCGAUGCUGGUGUGUGUGAGGAGAUGACCUAUGAGAUGAUCGAGAACACAUUCCCAGAGGAGUUUGCUUUGAGGGACCAGGACAAGUACCACUACCGCUACCCAGGUGGAGAGUCCUACCAAGACCUGGUCCAACGCUUGGAGCCGGUCAUCAUGGAGUUGGAGAGGCAGGGCAACGUGUUGGUCAUCUGCCAUCAGGCUGUGAUGCGCUGUCUGCUGGCUUACUUCCUGGACAAGAGUGCAGAAGAUCUACCAUACAUGAAAUGUCCACUCCACACCAUACUCAAGCUAACCCCUGUUGCAUACGGUUGUAAGGUGGAAAUGUUUUAUCUUAAUGUGGAGGCAGUAAACACACAUCGAGACCGGCCUCUUGAUAAAGCUGCGAGGGAAUCUGCUCUCAUAUACCGGCGGAAUAGUUACACUCCCUUGGCCAGUCACGACCAGGUCAAGCGUCCUAGGCUCUACAGCGCAGGCAACCAGCCCUGGCUCCCGCUCGCACCCACCCCCGCAGCACUGAUGCCAGAGGGACGGCAAAGCCAAGUUAGUGCCAGAGUUACAGCCCCGCCCCCUUCUAAAUCAAAUAACUGUAUUCAGUCACCUCCCUUCAAACUUUGCCAUCUCCUCGCCUCAGUGUUGGACCCCCCCCCCCUGAUGAUUUAGUGUCUGUGAUGAAAAUGUCCUACAUGGAAUCCAUCUCUCUAUCUAUGUUUCUCUCUCAGGGCAUGUUUUGGAUCUUGAAUGGGUUGUUGCCUUCUUUUUAUGUUGUCUGUUUACCAAAAUGCAUGACCUCUGCUUCACUACUGAGCUGCUUGAAUAUGCAGAACAGCAUGCCAAUUUGUUUUGAGCUAGCCAAUAUGGGAUACAAACGACACACAAACAUCAAAGACAUCUUAUACUGUACUUUUAAGUCAUAAUGUACAAAUUAUUAGGUAUGAAUAAAUUCCCUUGAAUUCAUUACAAAAUGUAUCCAAUUUGAGAGCAAGUAAGCACAAAAUAAGUACACAAAUGACACAUUUAAAUCAUUCAAAUUUGAAAAAGCAUAUUCAUAUUUGUUCGUGUUGUGUAUUUGUUGGCCUUGCCUUGUGUGUUCAGUCCAUUCCUACAUUUCUAUCUAUCUGUUUCUAUCUCCACUUGCUCUAAACCUGUCUUACAGCCUCGAAUAGGAUGCAGUUGUCUGUGAGUAUUUCGAAGUUUAUCUAGCCAGACCUUUUUUUUCAUUUGUAACCCAUGUCAUACGUUGUCACAGUGGUGUAAUUAUAUGGUUGUUAAUCUUUGGGUUCUCUAACCUUCCAUCGCCUUUAAUAAGAUGAAAGCUGCUGUCCCAUUUGUUUCAUCUCAUUGGCAUUAUCACUGAAUUGUUCUUUAACUUCAGUAAAACUCUUUGAUGAAAGUAAUUAUAUAGAUAUAGUUCAAAAUAAAAUAAAAAAGGGUUAUUUAUUUACUUCUUAUUGUAUUUAAUUAAGUGUACUAGAUUCAUAGAGGGAGAAAGUGAUUGGUAAUUAAUCUCUUUUUGAUAAUUUGCCAAAAAGGGCCCCCCUCUAAUGUGAUUGUUUUACCACACUUCAUUUAAUGACCUUAUUUCUCAAAUAAGAACUUAAGACUCCUGGGGCCCUUGGGAAAAUGUUAGUUUCCUCUCAAAUAGGAUUUGCUGCUGUAAGUCAUUAAUUUGUGAAAGUCAGUGACAUUUCCUUUCUCUGGAAGGAGUCCCUGUGCGAAGGAAGCGACGUUGACAGCCCCGAAGGAAGCGACGUUGACAGCUCCGAAGAAACGAGUGGCUGUGUCCGCUUCUGAGUGAAGAUGAAGGUCUCUUCCUUCAGUGUGUGAAAGUUCUGGGUUCAAUCAUGUUUGAAAGAUUGUAUUUUUUUUUUUAACCACAUUCUUUGAAAUGUUGGGCUGAUUAUGAGGUCAUUUUUUGAUCCUAAAUCUCUCUGUUAAACUUUACUCUGCAUGCUGAGGCUUCAAACUGGAAGCCUUUUCAUGGGUGUCAUAAACACUUCUGCAUGUGCACAACAAUCAAACAACUAAGAAAAAAGAGGUUAACUAAUCCUCACUGUAAAUAUUACAAUACCUCCCUCAACUUGUUUGUUGAAAACCAUUUUUAGGUCAUUGCGAAUAGAACUUGUUGUAAAGAAGAUGCUGUAGGAAUUUUUUAUAAGAGAAAUAUUCUCAUUCACCAUACAAGCCAUCUGUUGUUAUUUGUCUUAUGUAUCACAUCACAUGUAUAUUAUUGUUAUUUGGUUUGUAUUUCUGCUUUGAGGGUUAAGCCUAUAUCUUUACGUAUCUUUAUAUCUAGCAGCAGGUAAAUAAGCUAAGUUUUCAUUGUCAUUGGCUACUAUUUGUAUUAACAUGGUUUGCUUUAUCACAAUGUACACAUAAAUCCUAAAGGUUCAUCUGUUUAUUGUUGUUCUUGCCUUUAUAUUUAAGCAUGUUAAUGGUAUAUUGGCUAUUUCUUGAAAUUAGUUUAUUUGAUCAUACUUGCCAUACAUUUGUUUUAAUUGCUUGAUGUAACUUUACUCUUAACUUAAUGCUCUUUACAUAUUCAAAACACAAAAUCCUCCCAUCAUACUUAAUCCUAGACAGUGGCACAAGUUAUAUUAUACGUCUAUGUAAUGUUUGAACGUUGAUACGUUUUUGCUCAUAGCAGCCUAUUGUGCCUUUUACGCAGACAAUAAAAUGGAUUUUGAAAUGA